GCGGGCGCGAGCGGGGCUGCUGGCGGCGGUGGUGGCGGCGCUGCUGGCGGGGCCGGCGCGGGCGGACGUGGCCGUCAUGAAGGACGUCACGCUCGGCUUCGGGGAGGCGCUCGAGCAUUGCAGGGAAGAAAGUCAGCUGACGCCCGAAAAGAUGGAGGAGUUCUUCCACUUCUGGCGCGAGGACUUCAAGUUCGAGCACCGCGAGCUGGGCUGCGCCAUCCACUGCAUGUCCAAGUACUUCAACCUGCUCACGGACGCCUCGCGCAUGCACCACGAGAACACGCACAAAUUCAUCACCUCUUUCCCUAAUGGCGAGGUCCUGGCCUCCCAGAUGGUGCAGAUGAUCCACACGUGCGAGAAGCAGUUCGACUCCGAGCCGGACAACUGCUGGCGCAUCCUGCGCGUGGCCGAGUGCUUCAAGAAGUCCUGCCAGGACAAGGGCAUCGCGCCCACCAUGGAGAUGCUGCUGGCGGAGUUCAUCAUGGAGGCCGAGACAUAAACUAACAAACAAGUUUUAAUUAGAAACUCUCUUUUACGCAUAAGCUUCUAUGCAACGGUCACUUUUGUGUGCAAAUAUUAUAUAAGAUUUCGAUGUUUGUUAAAAUAAGAAUAUAUACAUAUCUACGUGUAAAAGCUUGGGCGUACAGGAGAGUUUUAAGAUGCUAAUGCGACUGUUCUCAGACGAGCACAUUCUGA